CUAGCACCCAAGCCCUGAGAAACAAGAGCCCAUCACUUCAAGCUUGGACUGUCCUGUGGUUUCAGCUUGUUUUAUUGUUCCUGGACUCAAACAAUGGCAGACAGAGACUGGGGAAACCAAACAGCCAUCAAAGAAUUCAUUAUUCUGGGAUUCGGGGAUCUCCCUGACCUGCAAAUUCUUCUCUUCCUGAUGUUCCAAGUUAUCUACAUGGCAACCGUGGCGGGGAACACCCUCAUUGUGAUGCUCAUUGUGGUUAACCAGCACCUUCACACCCCUAUGUACUUCUUCCUGGGCAACUUGUCCUGCCUGGAGACCUGCUACACCUCAACCAUCCUGCCCAGGUUGCUGGCCAGUCUCCUGACUGGGGACAAAACCAUCUCAGUCAGUGGCUGCAUCAUACAACUGUAUUUCUUUGGUUCUCUGGCAUGUACAGAAUGCUAUCUCCUAGCAGCAAUGUCUUAUGAUCGGUAUUUAGCCAUAUGUAAACCCCUGCACUAUUCAACUCUUAUGAAUAUCAGGUUUUGCCUCCAGUUGGUUGCUGGAUCAUGGUUAAAUGGCUCUUUGGCUACUGCUAUCUUUGUCUUAUUCCUAUCACAGUUAAUAUUCUGUGGCCCAAAUGAAAUUAACCAUUUCUAUUGUGAUUCCAUCCCACUGAUAGAACUCUCCUGCAGUGACACCCACCAGGUCAUAUUGCUGGCUUUCAUAUUAGUCUCUGUAUUCACCCUGCCUCCAUUCCUACUAACCCUGACAUCCUACGUGUGUAUCAUCACCACCAUUCUGAGAAUCCAUUCCACGACCGGGAGACAAAAAGCCUUUUCCACCUGCUCCUCUCAUCUCAUUGUGGUGACAAUUUUCUAUGGAUCCAUAAUGAUUGUGUACCUGCUACCGAAAAGUGAUACACUGAGAAAUCUGAACAAAGUGGUCUCUCUUUGCUACACGGUCCUGACUCCCCUGGUAAACCCCCUCAUCUACAGCCUGAGAAACAGAGAGGUCAAAGAAGCUUUGUGCAAAGCAGUUAGUAAAUAUGUGGCUUUCACCAAAACAUGCAGAGACUCCUAG